AUGCCAGUCUCAAGUAAAAUAGCUAUAGUGCUUGAAGAUGUGCCCCUCAGGUCGGAUGGCACUCAACUUGCUACUGAGGAAGGGUGCAGCUCUGGAUUGAGUAAUUCUAGCAAUAAUGAAGCUGUUGUACUAAACCCAUUAGGGCGUAUGAUAGCUGACACUGCAGAGGAUGAAAAACCAAAGCAGUUCCGCAACAACAAAAACCACACAAUUGCGACCUGGAAUGUUAGAACGAUGAAUCAAGGAAAGUUGGAAGUUGUAACAAAUGAAAAGGACAGAAUAAACUUAGACAUACUCGGAAUAAGUGAAAUGAGAUGGACAGGGUGUGGGGAUAUUAGAAAAGGUGAUCACACAGUGUACUACUCAGGACACCAAAAAUACAAGAGAAAUGGAGUUGCCAUUAUUGUCAAUAAAAAGAUAAGCAAAUCAGUGCUAGGAUAUAACAUGGUUAAUGACAGAAUAAUUGCAUUAAGACUUCAAGGACAUCCUUUCAACACCAGCAUAAUACAAAUAUAUGCACCAACCACAAAUGCCGAUGAUGAUGUGAUAGAACAGUUUUACACAGAGCUACAGGAAGUGCUAGAUAAUAUACCAAAGAAAGAUAUGUUGUUUUUAAUUGGAAUGCAAUGA